AUGACAGACGAGGACAUCAAAGAAGUGCAGCAGUGCGGCGAAAUGAUGACAAUUCUAAAGUUGCGGCUCAUUCGUCGUCACAUGGUCACACUCAAAUGUGAAAUUCUCGCAAAAGGUGGCAAUCAGGUGAGCCGAGAAUUACUUGAGUCAUGGUUCAUGGGCCCCCAAUCAAUCAACAAGUACAAGGACUUGCCUAAUCAAUAG